AGACUCCUCAUGCUCUGUGAAAGUCAGUAGAAAUCCCAGGACUGGUGCAAAAUGUCAGGGAUCCGUCACUCUGGGGUAGAAUCGGCCAGCUUCAACCAUAAAGGAAAUAAACAGAAGAAAAAGGGCAAACCCCCACCUCCACCUGGCUCAGAAUCGGACCAGAGCAUAGACACAAACAGCCUGUCUGCUGAUUCUCAGGAAGCUGGACGGUCACCAAACAGCUCUCACAAGUCAAUGUAAGUCACGUGAGGUAUACCUACAGUGGGUAGAGCAGUUGAAACAGCACCGUCUCCACAAGCAGCACCAGAUUCUUUAUAGUAAAGAUCAAGUAAAGCUUACUUCACCAACAUCACCAUCAGAUGACUCACCAACAGAUCCAUUAGUACCUGGUGGACGAACAUCCCUGCCUGGUUCCUUACCUGGCUCUCAUCCUGGAACAAUGGGUCGUGAAGGCAAGUCCAACACUGGCACCACAUUGACUGGGGCUGCUGCGGGGGCAGGAACUCUUCGAUCAUGGCUUGUAGACAGCUCUGGAUUGGAUCAGCUAACAAAAGAUAUGACUACCACACAACACCAUGUGCAGCAACUAGUGCGACUCCUUGAUAAUAUUGAACACCAAGAUGACAUGAGUCUGCAGAGAUUGAAGAGGAUGGGAAGUGCUUUACUGGACGGAGGACCAGACUUCCAGCUCCUAAGCCUCUCACAGAAGACUUUUCUGUUUGGAAUUUCCUUUACAAAAAUAUUGGAAAGGACUUGUCCAAAGUUAGCAUGCCAGUGACCCUUAAUGAACCUCUGAACAUGCUGCAGAGGAUGUGUGAAGAAUUAGAGUACAGUGAAUUAUUAGAUAAGGCUGCUGGACUUGAAGAUCCUGGGGAUAGAAUGGUGUUAGUAGCUGCCUUUGCAGUGUCCGCUUAUGCCUCCUCCAUCUACCGUGCAGCUCAUAAACCAUUCAACCCUCUUUUAGGCGAGACUUAUGAAUGCAUCAGGGAAGACAAAGGCUUCAGAUUUGUGGCAGAACAGGUAAGCCAUCAUCCACCUGUGAGUGCAUGUUAUGCCAAGAGCUAUAACUUCACUUUUUGGCAAGAUGUGCGCAUCAAAACUAAAUUCUGGGGAAGAUCAUUGGAGUUUCAGCCUACAGGCAAGGUCCACUUAGCGUUACGUGAGUUCAUGGACACUGGAAGUGAGGACCAUUAUGAGUGGAACAAAGUAACAACUUGCGUCCACAACUUAUUUGGUGGCGGCCAGAGAUGGGUGGACCAGUAUGGAGAGAUGAUAAUCAGAAAUACCACUAAUGGAUUGAUGUGCAAACUAUCAUUUGUGAGGGCUAGUUCUUGGUCAUCAAAGCGCCACGAAGUUUUUGGAACUGUCACAGAUAGUGAUGGUCAGGUGCUACACAAUCUAUUUGGAAAGUGGACUGAAGCCCUCUAUUGUGGCCAUGCCCCCUCUGCACGUGUGGUUUGGAGACCAGGAAGCAUGCCCGAAGAUUAUCACUUGUAUUAUGGUUUUACACGGUUUGCAAUAGAGCUCAAUGAAUUAGAUGAAGAUCAGGCAAAGUACUUACCUCCAACUGACACUAGAUUCAGGCCAGACCAGAGGUUGGUAGAAGAGGGAAACAUGAAUGCUGGGGAAGCCAUGAAGACCCAGCUGGAGCAGCAACAAAGGGAAAGGCGCAAGCAGCGAGAAGAAACAGGGGUAGAACAUGUGCCUAUGUGGUUCAGACGGGAAGCUACAGCAGAGGGAGAAAAUUGGAUCUUUACUGGAGAGUACUGGAACAAACGCAAAGAACCAGGUUUUAUUAAUAUGACUUUUGAAAAGUUGUGGUGAUUAUUUUACAAAUAUCAAGUACCUAGGUUAUAAUGUCUCCAAAUUGAGGCUACUCUAGGGUUAUAAGUUAUGCCUUGUAGGACUUAAGAUAUGUUGUUACAGUUACUGGAAACAAGUAAAUCACUGUGAUGAUGCUGGGAAGUAUAAGGCAGAUAUUCCAGAAGCAUAUAAUAUGAUAGAUAUUAAAGAAAAUUAUUUCUUUGGUAUAGAUAAUUUGUUACAGAUGUGAUGACUAAAAUGAAUUUGUUUUUGUGACUAAAGCAGUGGUUCUUAAUCUUUUUGAAAAGUGGCCCAAAAUUUUGUCUUGACAAUUUGAGGUGAUCCAUAUCCUCAACAAACCCGUAUAUUAGUUCUUUGUCAGAAUGUUUAACGAUGGUCUAGAAUUUUAGGAUGGUUAAGGCAAAUUAUGAAACUAUUGAUAGCCAGUGUUAUUUUAUUUGACACAAGCAGUAUAUAGCACCUCUGUAUCCAUGAGAUACAAAAACAAUAUUUCUUAGGAAACAUGAUAUGCACUGAAAAAUGUAAUUUCCAAAAAAUAUGAGGUUACAGUCUUCAGUAUGUGCCUUUUUAGUUUGUGUUUGCAAUUUGUGGGGAGAAUGACUUGCAGGUGAAGCAGAUAUAAUCCAAGUACAGGGAAAAUUGCAAUACAUAUUUGAUUAAUUUGGGGGGGGGGAUCACUCAGAGCCAUUCAAAUAUCUUGGCAAUUUUGGGUCAUCACCUGUAGGUUAACCAACACUGCUAUAAAGGUAGCCUAUUAUCAGCUUGGCUCGUCCAAAAAUCUAAUGAAUGAAAUUGUUUUUUUAUUUAGCUUGAGAUAGUUCUGUUUCCAGAGCUGUAGAAACAAGUAGAGUCACAAGUGUUCAGUUCCAUCAGGUUGUUGUUAUAAUUGAUAUUUUCUAUGUCUGUUACCUUUUAUAGUAACAAAGGUUUGCUUAUCAGUGUUCCUGAAUGAAACUUCUAUGCAUAUAAUAGAAGUAGAUAAUAAGAAACAUUCCCUGCUGAAAAAAACAAUUCAGGAAAAAGUUUGACACUGUACACACAGAUGUCUUUAAGGUUCCAUUGAGAUUAAGUCGAUAUAAUGUGAGCACUU